AUGAGACAGCCCUGCAAGCUCUUAAUCCUGCUCGCUCUGUUGUCCCCCACUUCUGCCCAUGCUGGAGCUUCACGGAGUGAGAUUGUGGGGGGGCAUGAAGCCAAGCCCCACUCCAGACCCUACAUGGCCUAUCUGAAGAGGAACAACUCGUAUUUCUGUGGGGGAUUUCUGGUGGACCCAGGCUGGGUGAUGACGGCUGCUCACUGCAAGGGGAACCUGACAGUCAUCUUAGGAGCUCACAAUAUCCACAAGCAAGAGGCCUCCCAGCAAAGGUUCGCGGUUCAGAGCUACCACCCGCACCCCGCCUACCAAGACCGUCCUUUAGUCAAUGACAUCCUCUUGCUGAAGCUGAAGGGAAAAGCCAAAGUAAACAAAUACGUCCGUGCCAUUGGCCUGCCCAAGGGAAAUGUCGCCCCGGGCAUCCAGUGCAGCAUAGCUGGAUGGGGCCAUAUCGACCAGGGAAAAGCCACCAACAAGCUAUUUGAGACCAAUGUCAUCAUCUGGCCAUCAAAGGAUUGCCACUCUUUUAACCCCGGGAUAACUAACGGCAUCAUCUGUGCAGCAGGCAAUCACCAGGACAAGGACUGCAGCCAGGGGGAUGAUGGUGGCCCUCUAGUCUGCAAUAGGACAGCAGAAGGAAUCUUCUCCUAUGACUUCAACCGCCGUCCUGGUUUUUACACUAGCAUUGCCUACCACCUUCGCUGGAUUAAGAAAACCAUGAAGUAACAAACAGGAGAGGAAGAGGCUGAACCUUCUCCUGCAUCAUCCGCUGCCUUUGAAAGUUGGGCAUUUCCUUGUGCUGCCUUCGGUGGCUUUUUCCCCUCGCUUUUCUGGGGCGCUGAGUGGCAAGUUAGG